AUGGCUUCCGGUGUCCUUGUUUCUGUGCUUCCCCGGUCCCUCCCUCCCCUUCCUCUGUGGCCUGGCCCUUCCUGCGUCCCCUGUGUCGAAGGGCGGCAGCGGGCUGCCCCUCACUCCUUCCAGUCUCCUCCGACAGAGGCCCCGCUGCAGACGCUUCACAUGGAUAUCCGCGCAGCUUGUCUCCAGCUAAAGCAGAGCUUCGGCUCGGACUUUCCUGUUCUGCGUAUGCAUUCUGACAGAGGCACAAAGUUCUCCUCUGGCCUUCUGCGAGCCUACUUUCGUGGAGAAGGCAUCCGCCAGACCUUCAGGCUUCCGGACUCUCCACAACAAAAUGGGAUUGCUGAGCGCCGCAUUGGCAUGGUCAUGGACGUCGCUCGUACGUCCAUGAUGCAUGCGGCUGCCCCCCAUUUUCUGUGGCUGCUUGCGGUUCGGUACGCGGCGCAUCAGAUCAACCUUCACCCCAGGGUCGCCAUGCCGGAGACCUCUCCAGCUUUGCUGUGGACGGGGAAGGUUGGCGAUGCGUCUGCGUUCCGUGUCUGGGGAUCUCGGGCGUUUGUCCACGACUUGUCUGCGGACAAGCUGUGCCCUCGUGCUGCUCCUUACGUCUUCCUUGGCUUCCCCACUAGUGCUACCAUCCCACCUCUUGCCGUGUUCUGUCCUCCCACGACGUUACGUCCCCGCCCGGUAGACCCCCUCCCCCCUCAGGGUCCUGCCCCUUCAAGUGUGUCCCAGGUAGACGCAGUCGAGCCUGUCAAGGUUACUGGUGAUUCUGGUGCUGCUGGGGGUGCUGAGCCAGGGGGUGCUGACUCUGGGGGGGUGCUGAGCCUGGGGAUACUACGCCUAGGGGUGCUGAGCCUGGGGGUGCUACGUCUGGAGGUGCUGAGCCUAGGGGUGCCACGUCUUGAGGUGCUGAGCCUGGGGGUGAGGAGCCUGUGGGAGCUGGACCUGCUCGUGCGAGCUACUGGAGCUGGAGCUUCUUCGGCUGCUGAGGGUGCUGAUGCCGCGGGUCCCGUAGGUGCUCGUACUGGGAGUACUGGAGCUGCUGGGCCUGCGAGUACGAGUGGAGCUGGAGCUGCUGAGGGUGUUGGCGCUGAGGCUGCUGCUGUCGUUCCUGGAGGAGGUCCUGCUUGGGGUGCUCCUAGUGCUGGUGGAGGUACUGGAGCUGGAGGUGCUGCUGGCGCUAGUGCUACCGCUGGGGGUACUGGUGCUGUCCCUGCUCCGGUCUCCCCACUGCCUGCUCCUUCUUCCUACACUAGUCCUACUGGAGGUCUUGCUGAGCGUCGUGAGCCUGCGUCUCGCCCUGUGUCGCCUGUCCGUCCUGCUCGCACUAGUGGUUGUGGCUCGUGUCAGCGUCCUCCUCCUGUCCGUGGCACGCACCAGAUGUCUCUACUUCCGUCCACUGCUCCUCUCCGUGCCCCUUUGCCUUCUCCUCCUGCGUCCUCGCUUCCUGCUCUUGCAGACCCGGAGUCGGACUCUCUUCGUGCUGCCAGUCCUACUAUCACGCGUCUCCUUGCUACUGUCGUCAGUGACCCUUUGUUUGAGUUGAGUGCUGCGUCUGCCCUAGUUGUUGAGCUUGUCGACUUCGCUGCUCGCUAUUGUCUAGACUACGCUGCUCGUCUUGUCGCUGAGUCUGAGUCUGUCAGUCCUACGUCCGUCGGGGGUGAGUGUGCCCUUGGCACGGACGUCCUUGAGGACAGGGAGGAGGAGUUCUAG